UUAAAGUCCGCAGUCUCUUCUCUCAUCUCAAAAAAAGAAAAAUGAAAUCCCCAAAUCUCACUCACGCAAUCUCUCCUUCCCGAGCAUUUCCGCCGGCGCUGGCUGCUCCUCCCAGCCGGCAACCAUGCCUCGCUGCUCACCGGUGUUCCAACCCACCCAAUCCCUUGAUGUCGGCCACCCAAUCCUGAUGGGGCACCUCACAGACGUCGGCAGGGACGCGCGCGUGGGGUGGCUCCACGCCUGUUGCUCGCCAUGGUUGGGAUCCUCCCGGUGGCGACCAGUACAGGAGAGUGGCGGAGCUGCACUCGUCCUUCUGGUGCCUAGUGAGGACGAGCUGCGCGGCUGACGGUCGCGGCCGGCGGGAGAAGUUCGCCGCGGAGGCAUGGCGGAGCGCGCACGGCUUUGUUCCUCUAGGCAAGACGGCGCCCAGCAGAUCGACGAGGGGGGCGUACCGCGGAAAUGACCCGCGGCAAAACCGGCGCCCAGCAGAACGCCUCCCCUGGCUGGCGAGGAACGCCUCCGUCUGUCCGUGGUUGAGCAGCCAGGGCACACCUCGAGGGCGUCCGGGGACUUAUGCGGCAAAAACCAAACCUUCAGCAAUGACCCGCUGACCAGGCUUCAGUCUCCCAGCAUCGCCAUCGUUCAGCUGAAGUGACAAAGGAGUGUGAGCACGUCCUGGUCUUCUAAUUCCCCCAGUUAGCUGAGGAACAUCCCUAAGGUUUGUUACUUGUUUCCAAUACCGAUUCCAUUAUUGACUCUAAUAUUGUCUCUGUUUUAAUAUAUAGACUUGUCCAGAAAUAAUGCCAGGAGGAAGUCUGAUGUCAAGAGAAAGUUGGGGAAAGAAGGGGUCCUCGUUCAGGACGGUUUAAUAAUCUGAUGACUCUGACAGCAGCAGCAACUUCAAGUCAUGGUCGGAAGCCAAGUCAUGUAUGGAAGGAUGAUGAACUGGACUAUAUGCUGCAAUGUUUAGGGCAAGCUACGUGGAGAGGAAUUUAUCUAGCUGAUCCCAAGGAUUUCGCUCGUCGAUUUAAAAUGGUUCUGAAUUCCACAUUCAAACCGUCUGUUCCAUUUACGAAUGAAAAGGUUAAGGAAAAAAUGAGUUAUGUUUAUCGAAAAUGGUUCUCCCUUCAACAUCCGACUAAUGAGACAGAGAGCUCUGCAUCUACAUCGAAGGAGCGUUCGGCCAUCCAGCUCAUUAGGAAUCAUAUGGGGAGUCUCAAUGCAAUUUUCGGUGAUAAUCGAAGCACAAGUUUAAGUGAAAGCGAUAGUCAUGAAAUAAUCAAGGCACUGGACUAUCUGCAUCUAAAGGGCUGCAAAGUGAAAGAACUUAUUCAGUAUAGAGAAGCACUUUAUGAUGGCACACUGAGAAGGAAGUAUCUGGAUCUUUUUCAAGUUUUAGGUGUAGGCGACGACAUGUUUAAAAAAAGGAGAAGAUUAUUCAAGUUAAUGGUAAAGGAACACAAGAAGAAGAAAGCAACUCUUUGGUAGAAUGGUGCCUCUUGCUGCCGCUGCCUCUUCCUGCUCAGACUUCAUUCGGCGUUUUUCGCCGUGUCUUGUUAAACUGUUAUGUCUUUGGUCGUUAGUCCUUGUGUCGGCAAGUGUGACUAUCAAACCUUCCUCCUAAUUGUCAUAAGACUGUUUUAUUGUAAUAUGUACUUCUG